GAACGUUCCUUAGCUUUAUUGAUGAUUAGCAUUAGCUAGCCAAAACACCUCAGCUGAUGACAAAACAAGUAACAUGACAAAUGAGUACACUCAUGAAGGAGAACGAACUGUGACAACUGGCAAGAGCUGCAGUCGGACCGGGGAUACAACCGGAUAUGUCCCCAGUGGUACAAAGGAUGUAGAACAAUCAUUCCGGUCACGUUUGAGUGGUGUAGCUCAAGGAGCAGACAUGAGUGAACUGGAGGAGCCAGCCCCUUCUCCGAAGUUCCAGCGCUGCUUCAUGGAGAGAAAAAUGAGUGCAAUGGCCUGCACCAUUUUCAAUGAACUGCGUCUGGAGGGCAAAUUGUGUGAUGUGGUCAUCAAGGUCAAUGGGAUUGAGUUCAAUGCUCACAAGAACAUCCUGUGCAGCUGCAGUGCCUACUUUAGAGCCUUGUUCACCAGCGAGUGGAACAACAGCGAGCGGCGGGUCUACAGCAUCCCUGGCGUCUCGCCGGACAUGAUGCGGCUCAUCGUGGAGUACGCCUACACCCGCACGGUGCCCGUCACCACGGAGAACGUGCAGCAGCUGCUGGCGGCCGCCGACCAGUUCUCCAUCAUGGGCAUCGUGCGCGCCUGCUGCGAGUUCCUGGAGGCUCAGCUCUGCCUGCAGAACUGCAUCGGCAUCUGCAAGUUCGCCGACUUCUACUCGUGCGUGGAGCUGCGCCAGCGCGCCUACCUCUACAUCCUGCACAACUUCGAGGACAUGGUGCGCAUCUCGGACGAGUUCCUGGAGCUCUCGCUCGCCGAGCUGUGCGGCAUCAUCGACAAGGACGACCUCAACGUCAAGCAGGAGGAGGUGGUGUACGAGGCCGUGCAGCGCUGGAUCGCCCACGACCCCCACCAGAGGAAGAGGCACAUCGUGGUGCUGCUGCCUAAGAUCCGCCUAGCCCUGAUGACAGCAGACUACUUCAUGAACAACGUGAAGAACAACACCAUCGUGAAGGACAACGAGGAGUGCAAGCCCGUCAUUAUCAACGCCCUGAAGGCCAUGUACGACCUGAACAUGAACGGCCCCUCCAACGACUUCACCAAUCCCCUGACCCGCCCCCGUCUACCCUACGCCAUUCUGUUGGCCAUUGGCGGCUGGAGCGGCGGUAGUCCCACCAAUGGCAUCGAGGCCUACGACGCCCGGGCGGACCGCUGGGUGAAUGUGACCCGUGAGGAGGAGAGCCCCAGGGCCUACCAUGGCGCGGCCUACCUCAACGGCUUCGUUUAUUGCGUGGGCGGGUUCGACAGCGUGGACUACUUCAACAGCGUGCGCAAGUUCAACCCCAUGACGCGCACCUGGCACCAAGUGGCGCCCAUGCACUCGCGGCGCUGCUACGUGAGCGUGGGCGUGCUGGACGGCUGCAUCUACGCCAUGGGCGGCUUCGACGGCUACAUGCGCCUCAACACGGCCGAGCGCUAUGAGCCCGAGACCAACCAGUGGACCCUCAUAGCCACCAUGCACGAGCAGAGGAGCGACGCCAGCGCCACCACGCUGCACGACAAGGUGUACAUCUGUGGCGGCUUCAAUGGCAACGAGUGCCUGUUCACGGCGGAGUGCUACAACCCUGAGACCAACCAGUGGAGCCUUAUUGCCCCCAUGAGGAGUCAGCGCAGUGGGGUGGGAGUCAUCGCAUAUGGGGACCAUGUGUACGCGGUUGGAGGUUUCGAUGGUGCCAACCGUCUGAGGAAUGCAGAGGCCUACAACCCGCAGUCCAACACGUGGCGAGCUGUGCCGACCAUGUUCAACCCACGCAGCAAUUUUGGCAUUGAGGUUGUGGAUGACUUGCUGUUUGUUGUGGGAGGCUUCAAUGGAUUCACCACCACAUUUAACGUGGAGUGUUACGACGAGAAGACAGAUGAAUGGUAUGAUGCUCACGACAUGGGCAUUUUCCGCAGUGCCUUGAGCUGCUGCGUGGUGCCAGGUCUGCCCAACGUGGCAGACUACGCAGCCCCUCGUGACGCCAUGCUGACUCCAAGAGAGGAGCUCAAACUCUCCACCUCCAACAGCGUGCUAACUGCCUAAGGCAGGCCCGAGCCUAAACCCAAUAUCACCUCAUUUUAAAUUACACACACCACCAGGCACCAGACUAUUCCCAGCUAUCACUAAUGACUAAACAUUAAUGAAUAAACUGCUCCUCCUUGCUCUUUCCCAAUGGCCUUAAGGGUGGGGCAAAAGAAACCAAAAGGCAGACACCAGACAAAUAGAAGUUCUAUUUAUUUUUUUAUUGCAUCCACAUAUUUUUCUAUUUCUUCGUAUAGAGGGGUGGGGGCUGAUGAUACAGGCGAUCGUCCUCUACACAUUUUUGCUGGUUUGAAGUAUGGACAUGGAUUUAGUGUCUGUUGCAUGAAUUCUUUAGACAGCAGUGACCACUAAAUGGAGAACGGAAAAAAAAACCUCUAUUAAAAAAAUGAUUUAAUUUUU